CCACUAACAAAGUCAUGUAAGAGCUUUUUCUAAAACUGCACAUACAGAGGAAAUUCUCUAGAGGGCGCCGUAUCUCCGCCUGAAGAGUAGAAACACAACCGGAACCAUUAAAAAAAAAUAACCCGGAUGGAAAAGACUGAACACAAAGAACGGAAGUGAGGGACUGAGACGCUAAGCAGACUUGCUGCAGGAGGAAAGCCGACAAUAUCACCGUGAAAGUAAGAAUAGAAACCAUUUCUGUGGGAGGAAAACAAACCCGCGUGCUUUCAGCUUCACUAAAAUGGCGUCCAGAUUAGAGGAGGAUCUCUGCUGUCCGGUCUGCCAGGACAUUUUCAAGGAUCCGGUUCUCAUCUCAUGCAGCCACAGCUUCUGCAAGGAGUGUCUGCAGAGCUUCUGGAGCGUCACGUCCAGGCGUUCGUGUCCUGUUUGCAGAAAAGUAUCCGCAGAAGACGCUCCGCGCUGCAAUCUGGCUCUGAAGAAAUUCUGCGACACCUUCUUGAAGCAGAAAGAGUUCAAUGAAACUCUUUCUGAUUGGUGCGUCGUGCAGCCCGCAGAGACCUGCAGUCUGCACGACGAGAAACAUGAACUCUUCUGCCUGGACCACCAGGAGCCGGCGUGUCUGGUCUGCAGAGAUUCGGAGAGACACAGCCAGCACAGGUUCAUGCCCGUCGGGGAAGCCGCUCGGCAGCACCGGAAGGACCUCCAGGAAACUCUGGAGUCCUUGAAGAAGCAGCUGGGGCUCAAGAAGGAGGUUCAGGAGGACAUCUGUCAGGUGAUGGAGCACAUGGGGUUCCAGGCGCGCCGCACGGAGACGCAGAUUAAAGAGCAGUUCAAGAAGCUUCACCAGUUCUUAGCAGAGGAAGAGGAGGCCAGGCUGGCUGCGGUGAAGGAGGAAGAGGAGCAGAGGAGAGACCCGAUGAGGGAGAAAUUGCGGGCUCUGUUCAGGCAGAUGAAGACGAUUUCGGACACAGUCAGAGCCAUAGAGGAGGAGCUGAGAGCCGAGGAUGUCCUCUUCCUGUGUCACUACAAGGCUGCGGUGGAGAGAGCGCAGCGCUGCGCCCUGCUGGAAGAUCCAAAGCUGCACUGUGGCGCUCUGUUUGACCAGGCCAAACAUCUGGGCAACCUGGCCUUCAGCAUCUGGAGCAGCAUGGAGACCAUGGUGUCCUACACUCCCGUGGUUCUUAACCCGAACACGGCUUAUCCAAAACUCCACCUGUCAGAGGACCUGACGACUGCGACCACAGGAGAGACGCAGCAGCUUCCCAAAAACCCAGAGCGGGCCGACCUCUGGUUUUCCGUCCAGGGUUCUGACGGCUUCGACUCGGGAAACCACAGCUGGGACGUCGACGUCGGCGACAGCAGAAUGUGGCUGGUCGGUGUGAUGGAGAAGGAAGGCGAAGAGUGCCGGUUCUUGGUGACGCAGCUGCGUAACGGCGUAUACACAGCGGAGGGUCCGUCGGCUCUUUCCACGGGUCUGUCAGUGCGGAAGAAGAUCCAGAGGAUCAGGGUGGAUCUGGACCGGGACGGGGGGAAGCUGUCCUUCUCCGAUCUGGAUACCAACGAGCACAUUCACACCUUCACACACACCUUCGCCGACAAGGUUUUCCCACACUUCGUCACCGAUUGCGUUGUGAGAAUCUUACCGAUGAAGGUCUCCGUGAGCAAACGGCGGCUCAGAGAUUUUUCAAAUCUGGCCUCAGAUUCUAAACUGGAUUUAGAUCUGAGGACUUUCUAAUAAACUAGAGAGUGGGGGGAUUUGAAGAUGGUAGUGGUCUAUCUUCAGGUUUUAUGACAAACGACGAUGUUCGCCUCUGUUUGCUGCCUUCUGAUUGGUUUAAAUGGCAGUUUCUAGUUUGAUUUUCUAGAAUCUGUUUGUAGAUCCUUUCAGUAAAGUCCAGAAGUUGUAUUUGGAUUAAACUAGAUGACCCUAUGAUAAGGGCUGGCUGCAAAAACACAAA